AUGGCCCGAUCACUGCUCUUGAGCGACGACGACGACUACGACGGUUACUACGGCUACGACGGUUACUACGGUUACGACGGUUACGACGGCAGAGACGGCGGGGACGGCAGACGGCGGGGACGGCAGACGGCGGGGACGGCAGGACGGCAGGGACUGCAGACGGCGGGGACGGCAGGACGGCAGGGACGGCAGACGGCGGGGACGGCAGACGGCGAGACCGGCAGACGGCGGGGACGGCAGACGGCGGGGACGGCAGACGACGGGGACGGCAGGACGGCAGGGACGGCAGACGGCGGGGACGGCAGACGGCGAGACCAACAAGUGCUACCAGAUGUGAUGACUUCUCGUUCACUAGGUAAAUUGGAAACUGAAUUAAUGUAG